AUGUGCCAUGAAGAAAAAAGUAUUGGAAUGUUUCUGUUGAAAACAAUUUAUCUGGAUAUGUACAAUGAGAUUUUUUUGGGUGGUUUGUUUAGUGAUUUUCAGGAAAGGGAAAAAAGAAUAAAAGUUAUGACCUUCAACACACUUCAUCGACUUGCUUACCUGGCACAACACAUUGUUUCACUACAUAGGCUUUGUCAUGUCUCAUAUUUCUCAUUUACCCUUUAUUGGAACAAACUGUCCUAUUCUUCACUCUUCUCAAAAACACUUACAGCAGCAUUGAACUCCCAAAAGACAUCGACAAUGAUUGAUCUUUCGAAUAAUAACAUCAAUAAAGAGUACUAA